AUGUCUGAUCCACAGGACGACUCAGGGCCGUCCUCUGGGGCUGGGGACAGGGAGAUCUUAACCUCGCCCGAUGUACAUGAGUCCCCAAACGUAGCAGGUCACACGGAAGGGCAGAGUGAGCCUACCCCGUCCACAGGGCAGGGCUGCUCCUGUUAUAUCCCCAGACGGUAUAUCAUGAUUGGCAUGAUCUGUAUGGGCAUGACAAUCAUCCAUGCUAUCCGUGUGAACUUGGCCGUCACCGUGAUAACAUUACUGGAUAUUAAAGCCCAUGAGAAACUGGGAACAAUUGAAGCUAUUUCAAAUCUACCAACGGAUAUCUGGGAUCCCAGCAUGGCCGGUAUCAUGCAUAGUAUGUUCUACAUCGGCUUCUUUUGCACACACAUCCCGGGCGGAUUUCUGUCAAAGCACGUGCCUUGUCACAGGUUAUUCGGAGGGUGUAUCCUCAUAUCCAGCUCGCUCAACCUGCUGAUUCCUGUAGCCAUUUCCAACAUGGGGUACAAAUUUACUCUCGCUAUUCGCUUCUGUCAGGGGCUGAGUGAGGGCCCUUUGUUUCCGUCCUGUUACGGUUUGUUACGUCAGUGGACCACACCCCAGGAACGAGGACGUCUAGGAUCUACAGUUCUAACAGGUGCAUACGCAGGCGCUGUGAUCGGGUUCCCUGUGGCCGGCUUUAUCACCCAUUAUAUAGGAUGGCAAUAUGUUUACCACGUGACAUCUGGGGUGGCCAUUUUAUGGUAUAUCAUCUGGCUUUUUGGUGCCCAUGAGAGACCCUCUCAUCACCCCAGCAUAUCUAACGAGGAGCUGACAAUGAUAGAGAAACGCCAGGGCGCCACCGUGAUUGAAUAUGAGAAUGAAAAGAUCCCAUGGGCCUCUAUCUUUACGUCACUACCUGUGAUAUCUCUAUGCGUGUGCAAUAUCGCCCGUAAUUUCGUUUUCAUAUUGAUGCUGACCAACGAACCUUACUACCUAAACGCUUUUAACUACAGCAUUGCCGAGAACGGCAUGUUGUCCUCGAUCCCGCACAUUCUCAUGACAGUUGUGGCUUUUAGUAGCGGUUACAUCGCUGACUGCCUCAUGAAGGAUAACAUGCUGAAUGCUACAGUGGUUAGAAAACUGCUAACUUGUGGCGGAUUUGGAGUGGAGGCUAUAUGCUUCUUUGUACUAGGCUUUCAACGGGUGGGCAAGGUAGUGAUGAUUUUCCUGUCCCUCGGGAUUGGCUUCAGUGGUCUCACAGUCUCAGGAUGGCAGAUCAACCACUAUGAUCUGGCUGCUCGCUAUGCCAGUAUUCUUGUCAGUCUCUCUUCGGCCUUGGGUACCCUGGGGGCGAUCGCCUCUCCUCUAGUGGCGGGACACAUCACUAACGCUGGCGAUAAGGAUCUUAUCUUUUGCUGGCACAUUGUCUUCUUCAUCACCUCGGGUGUACUCGCCUUUGCUGUCAUCUUUUAUGCUAUAUUUGGCUCAGGUGAGCCACAGCCGUGGUCGGAACCCCCUCCUGGACUGAAACUGGUCCAGAAGAACGACCCAAUGGCCCGAAAACCGUACGUGCCUUAUUUACAGACAGUCCCUCUUACCACACUAAACCCGGACAAAGACAGUGGCGGGGUAGAUGCGGACCGGAAGUCGUAUGGCGCGACUGCAGCCACAGAAAAUGCGAAGGGCUAUGGACUGGAAACAAGUGAGAAGAAAGGACUCACAGCUACAUAAAUCUUCAAAGGACGUUAUUACAUAAAGUGCAAUAUACAUGGCAUAUAUAUAUUUAUGUAUAUAAACCUAAACUCAGGAGCGGUUAAUUUAGUGAAACACAUUUUUCAAGGCGAAAAAAAAAGGUUUUGGAGACAAAAUCUUGCGUCAGCUUGCACAGAGUCCCAUUUUAAUUGACUAGCCAUAUUCUUAGUUUAGGCUGCAAAAUUUUUUCGGCAAUGUGAUACAGCUUAGGAGGUCGAUUUACAAUGCCAAGUAGAUUUGUUUCAAUUCUUCUUUCUACUUAAAACGAUAUUUGUCUCUAUUUAUGUUUCUAGAAUUCCAAAAUCUAGACUAGGUAAGAAAGUUCAUUUAUGAUACUUAAUUGCCACAGAAAUAUUAGGCCAAUAUAGCCCAUAUCUGAUUUCCCUCUGUUAGUGAGAACUUGUAUAUAGUAUUCCGUCUCAUCGCUAUGCAAGUGCCAGUUAAGGAUUUGACAAUGGUUUGCAUACAGCCCUGCAAAGUGGUCUUGCAUGCGCACAUGACCAGCAGAUGUGCUGAAAGCUGAAACGUACAUUUGGCAAUGACCUGUUGAGUCUCACUGAUCUUGCCCCUUGAUGGGUUCUCGUUGCUCUUGUACCUCAGUGGGUUCUCGUUGGUCUUGUACCUUAAUGGUCUUGUACGUUGAUGGGUUCUCGUUAGUAUUGUACUGUACGUUGAUAAGUUCUCAUUUGUCUUGUACCUUGAUGGGUUCUCGUUAGUAUUGUACGGUACGUUGAUAAGUUCUCAUUUGUCUUGUACCUUGAUGGGUUCUCGUUAGUAUUGUACUGUACGUUGAUAAGUUCUCAUUUGUCUUGUACCUUGAUGGGUUCUCGUUAGUAUUCUACGGUACGUUGAUAAGUUCUCAUUUGUCUUGUACCUUGAUGGGUUCUCGUAGCCGUUGUGCUUUUGUGAGGCCCUGUUGCUCUUAUCCAUUGGUUCUCGUAGCUCAUGUGCACAGGUAUCAUAAGAUGUGUUUAUUAUAAUACUUACUGAUAACGGGUUUGUCCCAAGAUCUGUCCAAAUGUCUUUCAUUGUUGUGUUAAACUGGGUGGGCAUGGAUAAUGUUUGGUAUGAGGGGUGGGGCGAAUCAAACGAUGUUCAUAAUAAAGGAAUGACAGGGAAAACAAAUUUGGUGGUGUGCAUACAAAGGAUGUCUUUUGUUUUUAUUUUCAUACGCAUAAUAACCAAGCAAUAUUAGUCCGAAAACAUAGAUUUAAAAAAUAUCUUUUUGAAAAGGUUACGUUCGCAAAGUCGGAUAUAAGCUAC